UCCCCCAAGCACAACAACAACGGUUGCAUGGUAAUAUGAAUACAUAUGAAUAAAUAUUAAUGCUAUAUAAAGGUCUUCAGUUUAGCCUGUGGACCACAAAACUGACUCAUGCUGCCAUACUGUAUUAGCACACAGUGUAAAUAUGUGUUUAUAUAUGGAUAUAUUCACACACUAGGUGCUUAUUAUUUCAUGAUGCAAGCAGACACACCUUUUUUUGCAACUAUACAGUAAUCCAGAAACAUGUUGGAACACCUGAACACCUCAUUCUACAUCCCUGCGUGUGAGCUUUGUUCUUUUCCUUGGCUCCGUAUCCUCUGGUGGCUGCGUGGUCGGGCUGCAGGAUCAUCAUCUGCCGUUUAUGUCGGUGGACUACAGCCGGCAUGAGAGGAAUGUGGUCAAAGAGGCCGGUGCUCGUACUGGCAGGCAUCGGGUUCAUAGUCUACACGGCCAUGUUUCUAAAGAGAGGAUACGAGCCCACGGUGAAGACGGGAAAAGACGCAGGCUCGCUGUCUAUGAGCAGGAGUUUGUCCGACCUGGAGGCGAGUCUCAACAACCUCACCAACACAGUCCGGGCUUUCGAGAAAAAGCAGGACGCCAUACAGAAGAUGGUGGAGGACAGCCAAAACAGAGAGAGAAGAGCUGCAGAGCUUGGUCAAAAGCAGAACAAACAACCCGAGGCGGACGCCCAGGAGGAGAAGAAGCCUCCCAAAGACAGCAAGUCCAGUAAAGUCUUCCCCAACUCCCCUCUGUUCAAGCAGUGGGGGGAGAAUCUGUCCGAGGACGACCAAAGAGAGGCACAGGAUCUGUUUGAGAAGUACGGCUACAACGUCUUCCUCAGCGACCGCCUCCCUCUGAACCGAGCUCUUCCAGACACCAGGGAUUCAAGAUGCCUGAAGAAGAGCUACCCCAAGGACCUGCCCAGUCUGAGCGUGGUGCUGAUCUACCUUAACGAAGCCCUGUCCAUCCUCAAACGAGCACUGCGCAGCAUAAUCGACCGCACGCCCAAGGACCUGCUGAAGGAGAUCGUGAUGGUGGACGACAACAGCAACAAUGAGAACCUGAAGGGGGACCUGGACUCGUACGUGAAGAUGCUGGAGCAGCAGCACCCGACGGUUCGCUUCGUCAGGGUGAGGCACACCGAGCAGCGGGGGCUCGCCUACGCCAGGGCCUCCGGGUGGAGAGCCUCCUCCGCCGACGUGGUGGCCAUCCUGGACGCUCACAUCGAGGUCCACGACAUGUGGGCAGAACCUCUGCUGACACAGAUCAAAAGCGACCGCACCGUGGUGCUGUCCCCUGUGUUUGACAAGGUCAACUUCGAUGACCUCCGGGUCAUUCGCUACGAGCCGGCGGCGCACGCCUUCGACUGGGCCUUGUGGUGCAUGUACGAGGGCUUUACUCCAGAUUAUUACAAGAUGAAAGACGGCUCGCUGCCUGGGAAGAGUCCAUCUCUCAUGGGGAUCCUUGUCGCCGACAGGAAGUUUCUGGGGGAAAUUGGACUAAUAGAUGAAGGAAUGAAAGUGUACGGUGGGGAAAACGUUGAGAUGGGGAUACGUGUGUGGACGUGCGGCGGCAGCAUCGAAGUGGUGCCGUGCUCCAAGAUCGCCCACAUCGAGCGAUACCACAAGCCGUACCUGCCAGACCUGACCCCCGCCAUGAAGAGGAACGCCCUGCGAGUGGCCGAAGUCUGGAUGGAUGAAUACAAGCACAACGUCAACCUGGCGUGGAACUUGCCAUUCGAGAAUCACGGAUUUGACAUAGGAGACGUCUCCGAAAGGAAAAAACUCAGAGAGAAGUUAAAGUGUAAACCUUUUAAAUGGUACCUGGACAACGUGUAUCCACAGCUGGACCCGUGGGACGACCUCGUGGCCUACGGGGGGCUGAAGAAUGUUAACGCUAGUAUGUGUGUAGACCAGGGCCCGCAGCCAGGCCACACGCCCAUCGCCUACACCUGCUUCUAUGACUACAACUACUAUCUACCUCAGAUUACUUAUUACCGUAAAAGCGGUGAACUGUACAUUGGCGGCAUCAAGUCCCACAAAUACAACGACAACAGGUGUUUAACCGACAUCAACAAUAAAGACACGGAGCCUGGUCUGUACCCCUGCAAAGAGGCUAUGCAGAAAGGAAUGGGAACAUACUGGGACUUUACUCAGGGUAAGGAGCUGAAGAACAGACACACAAAAAGAUGUCUGGAGAUUAAAAACGCCAAGCUUCUCGUGCAGCCGUGCUCGGGUCAAGUGUGGCAAAUUGAACACAUGUUGAAAAUGUUUUGACCUGAAAGAGUGGAUGAGAGGACCGCCGCUCUGACGUCAGGAACCUCUCUCAUCAGCAAGGAGACAAAUAAAAUGAAGCAGCUGACUGUCAUUUUAUUACGUUUAUUAUGGGAAUUUUGGUGCAUUAUCUACUGUUACAGGUGCUGCCUUCACAAGGUGAAGUAUGGUGUCAAAUAAGGGUCACAUUAGAUUUGUUUUGUAAUUUUAACGCCCCAAAUUAUAAGUGUAAGCAUUGUAUAGCCCCACUAAGUCUACAAUUACAAAUCUGGUUACACUCGCACAGACCCGUUUACGCACGCACAAAUCUAAUGUGUCCCUAAUGUGUCUCAAUAGUGAAGAAGUAAAUUUAUUUAUUAUUAUUUUAAAAAAUAAUAUAGGAUUGUGAAAAGAAUAAACUGGUUCAUUUACCAUACAACAAUUCAUUUGACCUGAAAAUCAAUAGCGAUGUUGUGCUUGUUUUCAUCUCUUUGGAAUCUAUUGCACAUAAAAGCGGUGACGCUCACUACUGAGGAUUAUGUUGUUCAACGUGUUUAGUCGUUUGAGCUGUAAUUAGACAAAGAUUGCAACAUAAACAUUUUGUUACUUUCUGAUGUCUGAUAAAAUCUGUG